CCUCUUCCAAUCCCCCCCCCCCCCUCUCUCUCUCUUCGAGCUGAAAAAAGAAAGAUGGAGAAGAGAAAUGGAUCAACUGAAGCAAGAUACGCAGUUCAUCAUCGGGAUAACGAUCAGGAGGAAUUGGUUCAUGAUUCUUCUCUGGAUUAUAAAGGAAGAGCCCCUCUUCGAGCUUCCACAGGGGUUUGGAAGGCCUCUCUGUUCAUCAUUGCGAUAGAGUUCAGCGAGAGGCUGAGUUACUUUGGCAUAGCCACGAGCUUGAUUCUAUACCUCACCAGGGUGAUUCACCAGGACAUUAAGACAGCAGCGAAGAGCGUCAACUACUGGUCUGGUGUCACCACUCUGAUGCCCCUUCUCGGCGGAUUCAUAGCCGAUGCCUACUUGGGCCGCUACUCCACGGUCUUCAUCUCCGUGAUCAUCUACCUCCUGGGUCUGAUUCUCCUGACGAUGUCCUGGUUUGUCCCGAGCCUGAAGGCUUGCGAGCCUGGCCACAUGUGCCAGGAACCCAGGAAAGAGCAUGAGGUCGUGUUUUUCCUGGCCAUUUACUUGAUAUCAAUUGCGACAGGAGGCCACAAGCCCUCGCUCGAGAGCUUCGGGGCCGACCAGUUCGACGACAACCACCCCCAGGAGAGGAAGAAGAAGAUGUCUUACUUCAACUGGUGGAACUUCGGCCUCUGCUGCGGGCUCCUGCUCAGCGUCACAGUGGUCGUCUACGUGCAGGACCACGUCAACUGGGGUGCUGCCGACAUUCUCCUCACCGCUGUCAUGGCCAUGUCUCUGGUGAUUUUCAUCAUUGGAAGGCCCUACUAUCGGUAUCGGUCGCCGACGGGAAGCCCCUUGACCCCGAUGUUGCAAGUUCUGGUGGCAGCUAUUGCCAAGAGAAAUCUUCCUCAUCCUUCGGAUCCGUCAGAAUUGCAUGAAGUCUCAAAGUCCGAAAAGCCACAAGGCAGGCUUUUGUGCCACACCAAGACCCUUAAGUUCCUAGACAAGGCUGCUAUUGUUGAGGGAAAUGAAAGUUCAACUGAGAAGCAAAUAAAUCCAUGGAGGCUUGCAAGUGUGACCGAGGUUGAGGAGAUGAAGUUGAUCCUGAACAUGAUCCCCAUCUGGCUAGCCACCUUGCCGUUCGGCGUAUGCAUUGCGCAAGCGUCGACCUUCUUCAUCAAGCAGGGCACGACCCUCGACCGGAAGGUUGGCGGCUUCCUGAUCCCCCCGGCCUCAAUCUACGCACUAGCCGCGAUUGGGAUGAUCAUCUCCGUCACCCUCUACGAGAAGGCGCUCGUGCCGGCACUGCGGCGUACGACGGGCUCAGAGCGCGGCAUCAAGAUCCUCCAGAGGAUUGGGAUCGGUAUGUUCUUCUCAGUUGUGACGAUGGCCGUGGCCGCUGUGGUCGAGCACAGGAGGCUGGGUGUCGUUCGGCAGAACCCUCUAACAGGCUCCACAUCCAUGAGCGUCUACUGGCUUGCCCCACAGUUCCUGAUCGUCGGCUUCGGUGAUGGCUUCGCUCUGGUGGGGCUGCAAGAGUACUUCUACGACCAGGUCCCGGACUCCAUGAGGAGCCUUGGCAUCGCCUUGUAUCUCAGCGUGAUCGGGGCCUCCAACUUCCUGAGCAGCCUCAUGAUCACGGCAGUCGAUCACUUGACAGAGAAGCAUGGCCGCAGCUGGUUCGGCAAGGACCUGAACAGCAGCCAGUUGGACAAGUUCUAUUGGCUUCUGGCCGGGAUGGCGGCGGUCAACAUGCUCUUCUACAUGCUCUUGGCCCGGCGGUACACUUACAAGAACGUGCAGAGGAGCGUGGCUGUCGCCGAUUGCUACGAAGGGGACGACCCAAGCACGUUGGCUUGAAUAAUCGCAAUCGCGUGCGCUUAUGUUGGUGUAAUAUUCGAACAUGUGGUAGAUGAAUUUAACUUCAGCUUAUCUUCUAUUUGUUUAUGACUGGAUUUGGGAUAGUCGAAAUAUAUGUAAUUUUUCCGACCAAAAUAUAUCUAUAAUAUAUAUAUAAGUAAUUCGAGCUGA